GACAAAACAAUCCACAGAAGAGAGAAGAGAAGAGGACUUGGUUCGUUCUCGACCCCUGGUUCUUCCCGGCGCUCUCGGCUCUCUUGCUCCGCCCUCACCGCCCUCACGAUCCCGCCAAUGACGACCAUGAGUGAUGAUGGAGAGAGGACGUGCCCCCUCUGUGCGGAGGAGAUGGAUCUCACUGACCAGCAACUGAAACCUUGCAAAUGUGGAUAUGAGAUAUGUGUAUGGUGCUGGCAUCAUAUAAUAGACAUGGCUGAGAAGGAUGACUCUGAAGGACGUUGUCCAGCCUGUCGCACACCAUAUGACAAGGAAAGAAUUGUUGGAAUGGCUGCCACCUGUGAGAGAGUGGUAGCUGAAGUGAAUGCAGAGAAAAGGCAAAAGCCUCAAAAAUCAAAGCCAAAAACAUCAGCAGAAGCUAGGAAGCAUCUUAGUGGUGUUAGAGUGAUCCAGCGGAACCUUGUGUACAUAAUUGGUCUGCCUUCUAAUUUAUCUGAUGAAAAUCUUCUAGAGCGUAAAGAGUACUUUGGACAGUAUGGGAAAGUUCUAAAGGUAUCAAUUGCUCGGCCGACUAGUGCUGCGCAACAAGCUUCUAACAGUAACACAUUUAGCGUGUACAUUACUUAUGCCAGAGAAGAUGAAGCCAUUAGAUGCAUUCAAGCUGUGCACAAUUUUGCAUUGGAGGGUAAACCCCUGAGAGCAUGUUUUGGUACUACAAAGUAUUGCCAUACAUGGUUGAGAAAUAUGACUUGCAGCAAUCCGGAUUGUUUGUAUUUGCAUGAUAUUGGUAGUCAAGAAGAUAGCUUCACUAAAGAUGAGAUAAUUUCAGCAUAUACAAGGAGUAGAGUGCCUCAGAUUGCUUCAAGUAAUUUGCAAAGGCGUUCAGGGAGUGUAUUGCCUCCACCAGCAGAUGAUUUUUAUAUUGAUGGAACAGUUUCCAGCAAACAUAUGGUCAAGGGUGCCCCAGCUAAUUCUUCAAGUCAGGUCAAGGUUUCUUUGCCUGGCAAUAUUUCUGUAGCAAAACCAACAGUUCUUCCAGCAGCUGCUUCAUGGGGAACCCGUGUUUCUAAUUGUCGGCAGCCUGCUGCAAGUGUGGCAUGUUCUCAAAGUCCUGCAAAGCAAAAGGCAGACAUAAAUAAUGCACCGGCCCUUAUUUCUUCUGUGGUUGCUAAUACAAGACAAAACUCUGCAUGGCAUGAUGAUGUGGUCUCUGCAUCAAAAGCUUCUGAAGGAAGGAAUGGAGCGUCUUCUGUUUGUAGAUCCAGGCCUCUAGAACAGUUAAAUCCAUCUAUUGACGGUGACUCCAUGAAAAGUCUAUCAGAUCUGUCAUCAGAAGCUCUUGAUGUGAAUAGUGUUUCUGUAGCUUCUGCUUGGGAUGAUGAUGAAACUACAAUAUAUAAGGCACCUGAAGAGAAGCAUAUGAAGCUUCAUGUUGGCAGGUCGGGACCCUUAGAGUGUUUGGAUUCUACUGUGGUCAGGGACUAUGGACAACAUGGAUCAGAUCUGUCAUUGGAACCUGUAUUGGAUGCAGAUUAUAGUGCUGAAACUACCAUGAAUAGCUCGUCUGACUCUCUACCUCCUGCUUCUAAAGAUGUUGAUAGAGGUGUGACUGCCCCGAGAAGCAGAAAAUUUUUACACAAUGCAUCUGAAGGUCUCAUCGGGCAGUCUAGCAGCUCAACUAGUGGGAGCAUAGCUGCCGUUGGGGGUACUGCUAACAGUGGAAAUGGACAGGAUGCAAGCUUGAUGUUGCCUUCAAUAAACAUUGAUAAUCAAUCAAACAGGAUUUUGCAUCAAAAUUCAGUUGUGGCUCCCCUUUCAGUUGGUAUACCUGUCAGCACUAGUUUAAGAUUGCAACAAUGUCAGAAGGAACUGGUGGUCAAAAAUGAUUCUUUAACAUUGUUAGAUGAUGCUUCUUUAAUGGUUGAUGUGAAUAGUACUAGAGAGUCAGUUUGUAGCAGCCCAGAAUAUAAACAAUUUGCACCUUGUACAAUAAAGCAAUCAGAAGGUGUUGCAUUGAGCUCAGAUGAUCAAAACCAUGAAUAUUCAGAUAUUUCCAGUCAAUCCCCAUGGUCUUAUUUGCACCAAACUACAUGUAGAUCAAGUAUUAAUUCAUGGAACAAUGAGCCUGAAAGUUUAAAUCCCAUUGGUAAUGGUUUGACAAAAUCUGUUCCUCUAGAAUCAGAUGGGGGCUUCCUGGAAAGAGAAAAGGAGUCCAUAUUGCCCAAUGGGCAUAUUCAUAAUGGAGUAAUCCGGUCAAAUCACAGAAUGGAGUCUGAUAUUAGUAGCCUUAAAGAUAAAGUUAAUUGUUUGGAGAUAUCUUCUUCUUCAAAUGCUAUAGAUGAAACUUCAAAUGUGGAUACAGGGGAAAGCAGCAUAAUCUCAGAUAUACUGGCUUUAGACUUUGACCCAUGGGGUGACUGUUCUGCAUCUGAUAGUUUGGUUAGCAUGCUUCGUGAAACUGAUAAACAAGAAGGGUCUUUUAAACUAUCAAAUUCAUGGAAAAUACAGAAUAAUAAUGAAUCCAGGUUUUCAUUUGCCAGGCAUGAAAAUCAAUUAAGUAGUUCAGAACAUUCUUUUGCUGACCACUCUCAGAAACUCUCCUCUUCAUCAUGUUAUUCAUAUGGAGAAAGUUUUCAGGAUGGUUUGCUAUUGAAUGGCUUGGCAGCACCCACCUCUUUUGCCAGCAGCAACUCAACUAUUUCAGCUGACAAGGUUGCCGGUGGUUCGAGGGCCAAAAUAUCAGCUCCACCUGGAUUCUCAGUUCGAAGCAAGGCACCUCCCCCUGGUUUUUCUUCUCAUGAUAGAUUUGAUUUGGUGCAUGACAUGCAAUAUUCAGAAAACUACCUGAAUAGCAUCUCUCUUUCAAACCAAUAUCAGCCACAUUUUAUUGAAAAUACCUCAGAUGUGGAAUUUUAUGAUCCUGCAAUUUUGGCAGUGGGCAAAGGCCGUGUACCCCUUGGAGUAAACAAUUCAGGAGUGGGCUUGCCACUUGCCUAUCCUGUUCAAACAAGCACUUCUGAAACUGACCCCAGACUUCAGUUGUUGUUGCAACAACCCAUAACUGCUCAACAUGAUUUAAGAAUUCCGGAUCAUUUCUCUGAUAGGUUCUUUCUUUCAAAUGAUUCUUAUAUGCCUUCUAGGAUCUUAGCUCAUAACGUUAGCAGCGUCUCCCCUUUGGCUCCAAUGUCAUUUCAGCAGCCCAGGAACCCACAUGUACAAAACCAAUGGAAUGGUUGGACUGAUGCACAGGCUGGGAAUGGUGUUAGCAUCGCAGAUAUAUUGAGGAAUGAGAGUUUCGGACUCCAUAACUAUUUUCCUGGCAACGACGAGCACAAGUUUCAUGUUCCUAGCGCAGCUGAUCUAUACAACAGAUCAUUUGGAAUGUGAUGUUAAUCAGAUCCCCCUGAAUGGUUGCUUGUCCUUCAUGUAUGUGAUCAAAACUCUAACCAUGGAAAUUAUAGCUGGGCAUCUGGAGAGUGCGUGAUUAGUUCCUAUGAAUGUUCACAUGCAUUUGUCACUAAUUUGUCAAAUGAUCUGCAUCGACAAAGGGCAUGAGGCCCUAAUCGCUCACUUUUUUUUUUCACUCAAGGGCUGUGCUUUUGAUCAACAUGUUGACGGCAUCCAGGAGGUGAUUUAUCUGGUGGUGUUAAAUUCAUCCUCAGGUAGUUACAGAAUUGAAGCUGCUGCUAGUAGACGUCAAUGUAAUUAUGCCUAGCUACCAUAUAUGUUUUGCCUGGUGUCUUUAUUGACAAUCCUGCUGUUUAAUUGUAAAUACUUUUGUACCUUUAUUUUCAAAUAUGGGAUUGAGUUUGAUUGCGUUUUGGUGCCAA